GGGCUUGAGAAGAAGAAUCUUUCUGCAGAACACCUCGAGAUCGUUGGUAUUCAAAGCGAACAUAACAUUCAGUGGCUAACUCGAUACCCACUCAUCGCCGACAAGUCUCCCGAAGAGCUUUGCAAGAUCGAGAAGGGGCUUCUUCGCAAGCUCGACUGGAUAUUCUUACCUGUGGCCACACUGAUGUUAUUGAUGGGCUACCUUGAUCGCAUCAAUGUUGGCAAUGCUCGCCUGGCAGGCAUGCAAACAGAUCUUGGAAUGAGUGACACGACGUACAGUCUUGGAAUCAGUGCCUUCUACAUUGGUAAGCCACUCGAUCCGAGGAUAAAAAAUCCUCGUGCUGACAAGUCUCANGGCUACAUCAUAUCCCAGCUCCCGGCCACCAUCUACUUGGCUCGAGGCAGACCCCAGAUUCAGAUGCCGGUUCACGUCCUCAUUUGGUCAGCCAUCACGGCGUGUAUGGCUGUCAUGAGCAGCGGAUGGUCAUUCGUUCUUUGUCGAUUCUUGGUUGGAGUGGCCGAAGGACCCUUCCUACCAAUGGUUAGCUUGAUGAGCUCUUCGUGGUACACAAAAGAGGAGGCACCUUUGCGUAUGGCAAUCUGGCAUGCAGGAAACAUUGCGUCCAACAUAUUCUCUGGUCUUCUCGCAGCCGCAAUACUUACCACAAUGGAAGGCAUUCAUGGUAUAUCUGCCUGGAGAUGGUUCUUCAUCAUUGAAGGAUGUGUCGGUAUCUUUGUCGGAUUGGCAGGAUUUUACUGCAUCCCAAACUUCCCUCACAACCACAACGUGAGAUGGCUGACCGAGGAGCAAGCCCAGAUGGCGCAAUACCGUAUGCUCGUUUCGUCAGGUGGAAUCUCCGAAGACGAUGAUAUCUCAGCUUGGCAAGGUACCUGGCUUGCUUGCAAGGAUCCCUUCACCUGGAUCUAUACAGUCCUUCAUUUCGGGCUCAUCGUUUCGCUGUCCGAGAAAGACUUUUUCCCUUCAACUUUGGGCUAUUCCAAACUCAUGACAUACUUGAUACAGGCUCCGCCCUACGUAUUUGCCUAUAUCGCAACAUUGGUCAUCUCGUGGUCAGCAGGCAAGUAUAGAGAACAUUGCUACCAUAUUGUCGGAUCAUCCAUGAUGACUAUCGUCGGCACUGCAAUCGUCAUCGGUACAUUAAAUCCAGCUGCAAGAUACGUAGGCAUGUUUGGAAUGUGCGCGGGUCCUUUUGUGGGCUUGAAUAUCCAUGUUCCAUGGGAAACCACCAAUGUUUUCACACCUAGGGCAAAACGAGCUGCAGUUGUGGCUAUCACUAACUCCAUUGCCUCUGUAUCACACUGGUUCACUCCAUAUUUGUUUCUUCGUGAACAAGAACCACUUUAUCAGAAUGGUGGCGCCGUAAUUAUCGCAGGUGCUGUCAUGGGGAUCUUGGGUUGUUUGGGUUGCAAAUGGUAUGUAAGGAAGCUCAACAAGCAGCUGGAGGCCAGUGAGCAAGCAAAUGAUCUUCCCAAGGGCUGGCGCUUCGUGGAAUAG